UCAAUUUUAGAACAUGUGUUUAUACCAUAGAGUAGAAAUUUGAUAUACUCAACAUGGAACGCCGAGAAACACACACUCGGCGGGAGAUAUCGAGUCGGUAUAGACGUGUCGAGAAUAGUCCAAGCAAAAAUGACUAGAGUUGAAAUUAAAUACACCAAGUUGUUCAUCAACAACGAGUGGGUGGACGCUGUCAGCAAGAAAACAUUUCCGACCAUUAACCCUCAGGAUGAGACCGUGAUCACACAAGUAGCCGAAGGAGACAAGGCGGACAUUGACAAAGCGGUAAGUGCCGCUAAAAAAGCUUUCCACCGAUACUCCGAAUGGCGUACCCUCGAUGCCUCCCAAAGAGGUCGCUUGCUCCUUAAACUGGCUGAUCUUAUGGAAAGAGACGUGAAAUAUCUAGCACAAUUAGAGACUCUGGAUUGUGGAAAACCGGUUAAAAAUGCUGAGAAUGAAAUUCUUUGGUCGGCUGGUGUUGUUAGAUAUUACGCUGGUAAAGCGGAUAAGAUCCUUGGCAAUACAAUUCCAGCAGAUGGUGAAGUAUUGACUUUUACUUUGAAAGAACCAGUUGGUGUUUGCGGUCAAAUCUUGCCAUGGAACUAUCCUAUCCCAAUGUUUAUAUGGAAAGUUGCCCCUGUACUGGCCACAGGUUGCACAACAGUUAUAAAACCUGCAGAACAAAGUCCUCUAACGGCUUUAGCUCUGGCCGCCUUGAUUAAGGAAGCCGGUGUACCAGCAGGCGUGGUUAAUGUCGUGCCUGGUUAUGGUCCUACAGCCGGAGCAGCUAUUACCCACCACCCGGAUGUCGACAAAGUCGCCUUUACUGGUUCCACAGAGGUUGGUCGUAUUAUCAUGUCGGCAGCAGCCGCUGUUAACCUGAAACGCAUUACUCUUGAACUGGGAGGCAAGAGUCCUCUAGUCAUCUGUAAUGAUGCUGAUGUCGAGAAGGCAGCUAUACUUGCUCACAAUGCUGCAUUCUCCAACGGCGGACAAUGCUGUGUCGCUGGUACAAGAACAUACGUUCAGUCUGGUAUUUACGACAAAUUUGUGGAGAAAGCUGCCGAAAUUGCUAGAAAAAGAAGCGUUGGAAAUCCCUUUGAAAACGUAGACCAAGGACCCCAGAUCGAUCAAGAUAUGUUCGACAAAGUAAUGGGCUACAUUGAUGCUGGAAAGAAAGCUGGUGCUAAAUGCGUAGUGGGCGGUGGUCGCAUUGGUCAAGUUGGAUACUACAUCCAGCCAACUGUCUUUGCUGAUGUAAAAGACGAUAUGAAGAUCGCUAGGGAAGAGAUCUUCGGCCCAGUUCAAAGCAUUUUGAAAUUCGAUACUUUGGAGGAAAUGAUCGAUCGUGCUAAUGACACUGACUACGGACUUGGAGCUGGAAUCGUCACCAAUGAUAUCACGGCUGCCCUUACAUUCGUCAAACACGUGCGAGCUGGUUCUACCUGGAUUAACUUAUAUGAACACGUUGUUGCUCAGACACCAUUUGGAGGAUUCAAACAAUCUGGUCUCGGACGUGAAAUGGGCGAAGAAGGUAUCCAGCAAUAUUUAGAAAACAAGACUGUCACGAUAAGUCUGCCAAAGAAGCCGUUUCUACAGUAAUAAACAAUCUCACUAACAUCACGGAAUAUGAAGUAUCGCUACUGCAUUUAUGACACAAUUAUUAUAUUAAUUAUUAUAAAAUAAUAAUAUACAUAUUAUACAUAUA